CAGACUGGGAGGGCACUGAUUUGUGUCUUGAAACCUUGUUUGAUGAGAGCAGGCCAGACUCCCCACAGUCAGUUAUCUCAGACUUUGAAAUUGAGAAGUUGUUUAGUAGCAGGGCGUUGUCACCAGAAUCCGUGUCUUCUGAUUUUGACAUUUCGCUCCUGCAGAACUGGUUGGAAGACUUUAGAUCAUCCUCCCCAGAAUCUGUGUCUCAAAGUGAACUCAGGCCCCUCUCUCCUGACUCACCUGUCCCUCAGUUCAGAUCCCCCCACAUCACUUACGAUGUGGACUUCUCAGGGCACAGGUCUUUUACACCAGAUUCAACAUUUUCAGAUUGGGAGGGCACUGAUUUGUGUCUGGAAACCUUGUUUGAGGAGACAAGGCCGGACUCCCCACAGUCAGUUUUAUCCGACUUUGAACUUGAGAAGUUGUUUAGUAGCAGGGCGUUGUCACCAGAAUCUGUAUCUUCUGAUUUUGACUUUUCACACCUGCAGGACUGGUUAGCAGAUUUCAGAGCGUCCUCACCAGAAUCUGUGGCAUCGGUUGAGCAGCGAUCAUUGUACUCUCAAAUUCCAUUUGGCCAGGUGACGAGUCAACAUUGUAACUAUUACUUAGAGCACUCUGACAGUAGACCAGUUUCACCUCUUUCAACACUGUCAGAUGUUGAGUAUUCCACAUUUUGUCUCGAGGAACUGUUUGAUGACAACAGAGCAGAUUCGCCAGAUUCACUUACUUCACGGGUUGAAAGCACAAAAGUAACUGUGAUUGCAUCCCAACCACUGUCUGCUGGAAGACCUCUUUCAUAUGCAGAUGUUGUUCGGGGCCUUACACAUGAAAAACCAGCAGAGGCUUUGUUGAGCUGUAGAAAAUUUGAAUUCACACCUGUUUGGCCUCUGUCAGAUAGAGAGUGCACUGAUACAUCCACAGACCAUUGGGACACCGAGUUGAGGCCGCAUUCUCCCGACUCUGUGGUGUCGCAAAGUGAACUCAGACCCCUCUCUCCCGACUCACCUGUCCCUCAGUACAGAUCCCCCCACAUGGCUUACGAUGUGGACUUCUCAGAGCACAGGUCGUUUACACCAGAAUCAACCAUUUCAGACUGGGAGGGCACUGAUUUGUGUCUGGAAACCUUGUUUGACGAGAGCAGGCCAGACUCCCCACAGUCAGUUAUAUCAGACUUUGAACUUGAGAAGUUGUUUAGUAGCAAGGCAUUGUCACCAGAAUCCGUGUCUUCUGAUUUUGACUUUUCGCUCCUGCAGAACUGGUUGGAAGACUUUAGAUCAUCCUCCCCAGAAUCUGUGUCUCAAAGUGAACUCAGUCCCCUCUCUCCUGACUCACCUGUCCCUCAGUUCAGAUCCCCCCACAUCACUUACGAUGUGGACCUCUCAGGGCACAGGUCUUUUACACCAGAUUCAACAUUAUCAGAUUGGGAGGGCACUGAUUUGUGUCUGGAAACCUUGUUUGAGGAGACAAGGCCGGACUCCCCACAGUCAGUUUUAUCCGAUUUUGAACUUGAGAAGUUGUUUAGUAGCAGGGCAUUGUCACCAGAAUCUGUAUAUUCUGAUUUUGACUUUUCACACCUGCAGGACUGGUUAGCAGAUUUCAGAGCAUCCUCACCAGAAUCUGUGGCAUCGGUUGAGCAGCGAUCAUUGUACCCUCAAAUUCCCUUUGGCCAGGUGACGAGUCAACAUUGUAACUAUUACUUAGAGCACUCUGACAGUAGACCAAUUUCACCUCUUUCAACACUGUCAGAUGUUGAGUAUUCCACAUUUUGUCUCGAGGAACUGUUUGAUGACAACAGAGCAGAUUCGCCAGAUUCACUUACUUCACAGGUUGAAAGCACAAAAGUAACUGUGAUUGCAUCCCAACCACUGUCUGCUGGAAGACCUCUUUCAUAUGCAGAUGUUGUUCGGGGCCUUACACAUGAAAAACCAGCAGAGGCUUUGUUGAGCUGUAGACAAUUUGAAUUCAAACCUGUUUGGCCUCUGUCAGAUCGAGAGUGCACUGACACAUCCACAGACCAUUGGGACACCGAGUUGAGGCCGCAUUCUCCCGACUCUGUGGUGUCGCAAAGUGAACUCAGACCCCUCUCUCCCGACUCACCUGUCCCUCAGUACAGAUCCCCCCACAUGGCUUACGAUGUGGACUUCUCAGAGCACAGGUCGUUUACACCAGUAUCAACCAUUUCAGACUGGGAGGGCACUGAUUUGUGUCUUGAAACCUUGUUUGAUGAGAGCAGGCCAGACUCCCCACAGUCAGUUAUAUCAGACUUUGAACUUGAGAAGUUGUUUAGUAGCAGGGCGUUGUCACCAGAAUCCGUGUCUUCUGAUUUUGACUUUUCGCUCCUGCAGAACUGGUUGGAAGACUUUAGAUCAUCCUCCCCAGAAUCUGUGUCUCAAAGUGAACUCAGGCCCCUCUCUCCUGACUCACCUGUACCUCAGUUCAGAUCCCCCCACAUCACUUACGAUGUGGACUUCUCAGGGCACAGGUCUUUUACACCAGAUUCAACAUUUUCAGAUUGGGAGGGCACUGAUUUGUGUCUGGAAACCUUGUUUGAGGAGACAAGGCCGGACUCCCCACAGUCAGUUUUAUCCGACUUUGAACUUGAGAAGUUGUUUAGUAGCAGGGCAUUGUCACCAGAAUCUGUAUCUUCUGAUUUUGACUUUUCACACCUGCAGGACUGGUUAGCAGAUUUCAGAGCAUCCUCACCAGAAUCUGUGGCAUCGGUUGAGCAGCGAUCAUUGUACCCUCAAAUUCCCUUUGGCCAGGUGACGAGUCAACAUUGUAACUAUUACUUAGAGCACUCUGACAGUAGACCAGUUUCACCUCUUUCAACACUGUCAGAUGUUGAGUAUUCCACAUUUUGUCUCGAGGAACUGUUUGAUGACAACAGAGCAGAUUCGCCAAAUUCACUUACUUCACGGGUUGAAAGCACAAAAGUAACUGUGAUUGCAUCCCAACCACUGUCUGCUGGAAGGCCUCUUUCAUAUGCAGAUGUUGUUCGGGGCCUUACACAUGAAAAACCAGCAGAGGCUUUGUUGAGCUGUAGACAAUUUGAAUUCACACCUGUUUGGCCUCUGUCAGAUAGAGAGUGCACUGACACAUCCACAGACCAUUGGGACACCGAGUUGAGGCCGCAUUCUCCCGACUCUGUGGUGUCGCAAAGUGAACUCAGACCCCUCUCUCCCGACUCACCUGUCCCUCAGUUCAGAUCCCCCCACAUGGCUUAUGAUGUGGACUUCUCAGAGCACAGGUCGUUUACACCAGAAUCAACCAUUUCAGACUGGGAGGGCACUGAUUUGUGUCUGGAAACCUUGUUUGACGAGAGCAGGCCAGACUCCCCACAGUCAGUUAUAUCAGACUUUGAACUUGAGAAGUUGUUUAUUAGCAGGGCGUGGUCACCAGAUGUUGAGCAUUCUACAUUUUGUCUCGAGGAAUUGUUUGACGACAACAGAACAGAUUCACCAGAUUCCAUUAAUUCACUGUUUGAAGUAAAGCAAACAAGUAUAACUGUAACUUCUUCCCCUAUGUUUUCCCCUGCAAGAACUGCAAAUUCCUCUUUUAAUGAACAAACAACAUUGCUCAACUCCCUUUUGUUUGAAUUGGAGCCAUUUUCUGCUGAAGACGCUGCUCCAGUACACAAGUCACAGAAAAACCUUUCCCAGUUUAAAUUCUUAUCUAGUGAAUCCAUGUCAUCAGGCUCCACACCAUCAAUUAAGGAAAACAGAUUGAGUCGCAAGCCUUUACCUAACAACUUAAUGUCACACGUGUAUGAUCCACUCUACAAGAGAAAAUGUUCUUUUUGUGAAAUAAGAGCCUCUGAAUGUACCCCACAAAAACAGCUAUGUAUUGUUAAUGCUACACCACAAACAAAUUGUGACAAACUUGCCACCACAUGUGCAGAACAUUUUUCAACAAGUUUUCCUAAGUGCACGUCAGUAGACAAAAGACCAGACAUGUUUCUGGUUUCAAAAGCUGUGAUUACAGAUUCUCUGUCACCAGAAUAUCAAAGCAAUAUUAGCAUAUUACAGUAUGUAACAGCUGACACAAGAUCCUCAAGUCCUCACAAGCAUGCAGAGGAAUGUCAUUUUAAUGAGGGUCCUUCCCUUUCAGAUUAUACACUAUCGUCACCUGAAAUAUUACACUCAGAUGAUGAAAGUCCUUUUUAUUCAACCUGCUAUUUCACUGAUCAGAGGCCACCUUCUCCACAGUCAUUUGCCUCAGUUGAUGAGUUCACUGCCCUUUCUCCUGACUCACAAAUUGGUCAGUUUGACUGUCAACCUUGUUAUUAUUUGCAUUUGUCUGAAAACAGAUCUGUUUCACCAGACUCCAUUAUGCUGGAGAGAGACUGUUCUGAUUCUUGUCUUGAUACUUUUUUUGAUGAGAUGAGACCAGACUCUCCCGAAUCCAUUGCGUUUUACAGUGAAUUUCAUGAGUCCUGCAACAGUAUGCCAUCAGACAAUGAGUACUCACAGUCAUUCCUUGACUACUGGCUGGCUGCGUUAAGACCACCUAUGCCUCCAAAUCUUGAAUCAACAGGAGGUUUAGACGAAGUUUUAAACCAGCUGCCAUGUGUGCAAAAUGUCCCAGAUGACACUGUUACUGAAGAUAAACCAGUUUGUGAGAGCUUAAUGACAGACACACUUGAUCCUAUCUAUGAACAAAAAUAUUUCUGUGAUAAGGUUAAUUACUUUGAAGAUGUAGCUAGUAAAAGGUCUGAGAAGGCUUGUGAAAUUAGAUUUGAAGAUUCAGCAAUAAGCAUGGAAGAUCCACAUAGCCCAGCCAAAUUUUGUCAUUUUGAAAGCAUGAAAGCAGACUCCAAACCAUCACACAACCCCCCUCUAUCCCACUCUGAAGUACUUAAUCUUACUGUAACAGAUUCAUAUCCUGAAAUGCUGAUGCCACCAACUAGAGAAGGUGAGACAGGACCCAUGGCACCUUCCUCAAAUACAAAUGACCAGUCUUUUUUUGUCAGGCCUCCUCCCAGGACAACAAAGGACCUAGACUAGAUCAGGUCAGAUCAUGUAGAAUUAGUAAGUUUUGCAGUGAGUUGAGUCACAUUCCAUCUGUAGUGCAAAAUUUUGGAUUUCAUCAUGCUGUCUGGCUGGAGGAGGUUUCCCACGAACACACUCGAACAAAGAGAGAAUCAGUGAAACGAAGACAACUUGUACAUGAACAUAAAUGGACAGACCCUGAAUCACAAUUAAAGGUGACACACCCCCAAGAUUUGAUUUCCAAGAACAUGAAAAGAAAAUCCAUGAGUGAGGACAAGAGCAAAAGUUCCAUGAUGUCGGUAACAACUACAUCUUUCAAGACAAAUCUUUCAGAAUCUUCAGAUCAAAAUGUUGGUUUAGGACUGAGUCAGGUCUGUCUAACCGACAUGCCACCCUUUGCAGAUGAUUCAAACACACUUUUCAUUGAAAAACUAGAUUGGCCAAUUCCAGGUACCUUUGACCUACGUAGAACACAGUCUGAAAUCCCAUUGACCAAUCAAAGUAGCUCACCACAGGAAAAACAUGAAAACCUGUCAUUCCCCAAACAAAGUGAAACUUCUGGCUUAGCUAAACCAAGCUCAGUGACCCCAGACUCACUCUGUCAAACAGCCCAUGAAAGUCCAGAUGACAAAAUCAUCAUGUCCUCCGAAUCCACUCCACCAUCACCAGGGUCUGGGUCCCCUCAGCUUGAUCAGCUGCUUUCAGAUCUUGAGGAAAUGAAACUUAAGUUUAGACCAGAGACACUUGACACACGUCUGUCAGAAUCCAGUGAUGAAAGCCUGGAAGUUGAUCAAAUUUACAUGUUUGAAGACCUUUCACCUGAAGAUCGAUGCCCUACAGAAGCUAGUGGCACUGUAAGAAUCAGUGUGUUUUCUGUUAUACAGCUUGCAGAUGACACUAACAACACAAAUGCAGGAGGCACAGAGCCUGAACAUUUCCAGGCAUCCAUUCAAGAUGAAAGUGAAUUAGUCUCAGUUACUCCCGCUCCAACAAAAACCCCUGAAACAAGUGUACCAUUAGGCCUUGGUAAACGUAACGAUAGUCCUGUGUCCCCUACUGAGUCCCCUUCAAUGCCAGAAUCUCCCCAGAGAUGUUGUAAAGUGAUGGAACCAUCACUGAACAAAAAUGGUGAAAAUGCUACUGAGACAUUUUCUUCAGUGUCUUCCCCCAAAAUAGCUGCAAAGAGUCAAUCUGACAUACCUGAAACUAAUGUGGCUAAUCCAUUUGAGGAAGAUUCUACAACUGACAUUCUUCAAAGUCAAGAGGAAUGUGAAUCAACUUCAACAUCCAAUGACACAAGGAGUUUGAAAGAAGAAACACAGAGUAUCCAAGAUCAACUGCCACAUUUAUGGGAGGUGACCUCUGUUGACGACAUUCAGACUGAAGAUCUUUCUUCUCAGUCUAUGUCUGAUUUAACUCCUGAGACAGUUACAUCUGCGAGAUGUUUUAGCUUUGAGGAGCUGAUCCCAUACCCCUCCUCAGGGAACUUUGAGACAUCUUCAGAUGAGGAUAGGCCAAGGACCAGUGGACAUUAUUCAG